CUCUGUUAUGAAGAGUGGUUUAAAGGCGUUGUUCUGAAGUUCGCCACUAGAGGGCGCGGCCGUUUUUUGAGUUAAUAAAUCAUAAUUUGUAAGCAGAGGUGAACAGAGGAGCAAAUGGCGAUGUUUCCAGAGCAAUUCAGUUUAAUUAGCUCGUGUGUGCGUCCAUGAGAGCGAACCACACACACAUAAACCCAAACCAGAAAUAUACAUGUGCUGGACUGUAAAGCCAAACGCAGAUUAAAAAAGGAACAGAAAAAGUCAUCCUCUGGUCUGUCAUUGCUUGGGAGAAUACACACACUUGACCAGUGUGCUCUCUGCGAUCAUCCAAAUCCGAAACCCUUAGUAAAGACUGAAGUCUUCAAUACAAAUUCUGGUCCUUCGAGCCGGAUAGGUUGAUUACAGAGAGAGAAGAUGGAUUAUGAUCCCCAACAAGAAGGUGCACGUCCUAAGAGGACAGUGCGUCCACCAAGAUGGAUGACUGAUUAUCAAACAUAUGCACUCCCUUCUUCUGCUGGUUUGGAACAGCAUCGAUCCAGAGAGGGUUAUGCCGAGAUGACACCCCUCAUCCAGACUCCUAGCCCCACUGGCGCUGUGGGGCAGGCACCAGUUUUCCCCAGUGUCCCACAGGAGUUCUUAAACAUAGUGCAGAACCUGCAGGAGGACAACAGACGACUCCAGAUGGUGGUUUCAGACAUGAAGAGGCAGAUGGAUCGUAACGCUGCUUUAAAUGCAUCAACUAGCCUGCAAUUUAAACAGCGACCAGAGGGGGGCAUUUCAACUGAGGAAACUUGGAUCUCCACAGGUCUGCCCACACAGUUGUCCUCCCUGCAACCACUGCAGCCCAAUUUACCCCCCACAACCGAUGCAGAGGAAGAAUGGCCGUUACCUCCACCUCCAGUGUUCCUGCCAAAGGACUUGUAUGACCCCAUGGAGGUACAAAUGUUUCAAACUCCACAGCCACCAAUCAUUACCCAAGAGCUCAGCCACCACUUACAAGGAUUACAAAUACAACAGAAAUCAACUGCAACAACUGCAGCUCCUGCAUUUCAAUCACAUGCAGCUCAGUCCACACCUGUAUUGCAACCUCAAUCUGGACCUAGUCCAGCUCCUAGCAUGCAGUCACAAGAAGCAGUGUUGGCUCCCAUCAUGGCCACAGCUACAAAGGAGAAAACCUACAGGGGACCAUUACCCUCAAUCCCAGAGUUCACCAGAGGUGAUCCAAGACAGUUUGCUAGAUUGAAACUUGCUCUGGACAAUAUUCUCCCAGCUGAUGCCACAGAGAGAUUCAAGUACCAGGUGCUGUGUGACCAUCUUAAGUUUGAGGAAGCUCUACUCGUUGCUGACUCAUACAGUAACUCACCUCGUCCCUAUUCAGACACGAUGGCUUCUCUCACAAAACACUAUGGUCAGCCGCACCAGCUGUCACUACACAGAAUAGCAGAGCUGAUGGAUGAGCCUAACAUUCGUUCAAAUGACACAUCAGGAUUCAGAAAAUUUGCAUUAAGAGUUCGUGCUUUGGUGGGCAUGUUAGAGCAACUUGGAGAUGAUGGACACAUAGAGCUGCAAUGUGGGUCUCAUGUAGCAAGGCUUGCUCGUAAGCUACCCCAAGACCUGCGUGCUGCUUUCCGUCGUUACCUCUACCCACAGAAAGAUGGAAUACCAUCACUAAGAGACUUUGCAGAGUGGCUGGAAUAUGAGCUGGUUAUCCAAGAAGGUGGAGAUAAUUCAGACAGAGUAGAAGAGUCCCUUAGAGAUAGAAACAGCAUCAAAAGAGAUAAGAGAGCAGCUAAGAGGACCACCACUGUUCUGCAUGGUGCAACACAGAAAGGCGCUCAUGAAGAGCCCUCAGCUACAACCUCCACUGUAACGAUCUACUGA